AUGACUCCCCCGGCUCGAGGACGGGGGACUAGCCAACGCAGCCCAACCGUCUUGGUCACAGAUUCCAGAGAUCAACAACAGCCUCAAAUACCGCGUCGGCGCCGCUCUCCUGCAACCAGAUUCAUCACCGUCGACAACGUCCUCCAGUACGCGUCCGACGUUCCUUCAAUGCAGCAGCGCGGCCCACCACCAAUCUCCCGGUCGCGCCGUCUUGCUUCCGCAGCAGGAGGCUUAAUUACAAGUGCAGGCAGUAGCAGUUCAAGCGCAGUAGCAGGAUCGGGCGGCACGAUGAGCCGCCUUGCCGCACAACCGCGACUCCCUCCACGAACAACGAAAGUCAGCGAGAAGCUGGUUCUUCUGCCUGACACUGGCGAGCUGGAGGAUGGCGAAACCGAGGAAGAUGACGAUGAUUCCGAUGGUGCGGACCUCGUGGACGAGGAGCUUGUCGCACGUCUAGCCAAAGAAAAAAAUGUCGACCCGGAAAGGAUCAGACACCAGUUACUUGUGUCGAAGCGACUUGGAGGCGAUUUCGGCGUCGAUAAUGACCUUUCCCCCUUGCUGGCCGAAGAAGAAGUCUCGAAGAAACGUCGUGUUGCACCUGAACGCGCGAAGAGUUAUGCGGAGCGGUUGCCGAAGGCGCGGCGGACGGAGAAGCUUGCGCGUGUUACGGCGUACUGUACAGCUCAAGCGUAUAAGAUGGGGUCGCUUGCUACCUUUGUUAAGGAGCAGCAUGGUGGGCGGACGAAGCUUUAUGAUGAUUGUCUCUACACCGCGUAUCAUCUCCCUCUUUUGCCGGGCCAUGAGGGGUAUCGUCUGCGAAGUAGCCCCGUGUUGAAAUACCCGGGUGGCAAGUCGCUGUUGGAUGAAGAGAUUGAACGGAAUGAACUUCGUGAUUAUCAUGAUGAAUAUAUGCUUGAGACGGAGGAGCAUUCCGUUGGUGGACACAACCGUCCAGAGGAUGAGCACCAUUAUGAAGGCUCGCCGCGACAGCCUGAGGGUCAUGAUCCCCAGGAGGAAAAUCGCGAAGAAUUCCUGAAUCGAAUUUCCGAGGAAGUUCAUGGUCAUCUCCCCGAUGACCAUGGCCAUGAGCACGCCGCCAGCUCCGGCGAAAGUGUCGAUGGGUUGCACCAUAUCCCGCCACUCCCGCAACCAGACAGCAAUGAGGGAACUCGGCAAUCUUCGCCUGAACCUGCACUCCGUCGCCGAAGACACAGCACGGACGACAGCCACGCUUUGAUUCGAGACCGUCCCUCCCCACCGGUCCCCACACCCUCCUCGUCCUCAACACAGCAAGCCCCAGCUCGGACGUUAUACAAUGUCGCUGAAAUGUUCGUUUUCAGUUACGGUGUCGUCGUCUUUUGGAACUUUACCGAGCGACAGGAGAAAGACCUUCUGGCAGAUCUGGCAUUUGCUACAUCAUCUGCAACUGGCAUCCCUACUCCUCUGGCGACAAUGCCUCUUGACGAGGAAGACUUUGAAACAGAAGAGUUCCAUUUCGAGUAUUCGACCGAGAUCUCGCGCCCGCGAGUCUAUAACGACAUGAUCACUCUUCGCAGUGGCGACCACAUGAUCAAGCUCGCUAUUAGCCAUGGUAUUUCACAGAGCACUAAACUUUGCUUCUUCGAGGAAGUUAUGGCCCGACAGAUGGCGGACGCCAAAGACGUUCCCAGACGUCUUGCUGUUACGGGUCAACUGGGCAUGAAACGUGAAGAGGUCUUCCGGAUUUUAGGUAGAUUGUUUAAGAGUCGUGUUGAGGUCAACCUCUCAUCCAACAUGCUCGAUGUGCCGAACUUCUUCUGGGAGAGCGAACCAACCCUUUACCCGCUCUACAUCGCCGUGCGCGAGUAUCUGGAGAUCAAGCCACGAAUUCAGGUUCUCAAUGAGAGAUGUCGGGUAUUCCUCGAUCUCGCAGAGAUCUUAUCCGACUCGAUUGCCGACAGCCGCACUUCCCACCAAACCUGGAUCAUCAUUGUCCUCAUCAUCAUUUCAAUCAUCGUUACAAUCUCCGAAGUUUUCCUCCGCUUCGGCCUUCUCCAUGCAAGCCAGGGCUCCGCUGGUACACCUGCCAGCAUCUUAGCUCGUGUCAUGGGUCGAUCUGUUACCCCUUCUCCACCCCCCGAGUGGUACCCAUACUCUGGCGCUGAUGCGCCACCGGGCUGCAUCUGUCCCUCUCUUGGUCCUGCCGGCGCCGGCUCGGGUAUGGGCGUCAGCGGAAUGAUGGGAUACUGA